AAAACAACCCCCAAAAGAAAAUCCUGUUAGUUUUUUAAUCCUAUUCUCAUUCAAUCAAUCAUUCUAAGAUGGCGAUCUACAAGCUUGAUCCCGAAGGCGAUGUCUUACUUACCCUUCGCAAUCCGAACGCACCAUUUGCUGUUUGGGAUUCGGACUGUGAAUCAAGGUUUCCUCAUAGGUCCAAACCUAAUCUCGAACCUGAACCUGAAUCUGGACCUGAAUUUGAAUUUGACCCUGAAUCUGUAUCUGAACCUGAACCUGAACCUGAACCUAAACGUAAACCGGAACCUAGAUCUCUGAUUCCAGCUGAAAAUAACUACACUUCGUCUUUGAAUUCGUCAUCAUCUGUUCAAUUCCUAGUGUCUUCGAGGCAUUUGAUUUUAGCCUCGGGAUAUUUCCGGGGCGUACUUCGAGGUCCCUGGAAGGAGGGGACUGUCAUUCAUCCGGACGGCCGCCGUCAUGUCUCCGCUGAGGAUUGGGACGAAACGGCUCUGCUCAUUGUAAUGCAAGCCAUACACGGUCGUAAUCGAAACAUGCCUGCAUCAAUUACAUUGGAUUUGGAAGCCAAAAUCGCCGUUCUUGUCGACUAUUAUAAAUGCCAUGAAGCACUCAUGCCCUGGUGGGUUCCGUGGGAUAAAUCGCCAAAGCCACGCUUCUCUCCUCCGUUUGGUAGAAACCUCGUUCUAUGGAUUCUCAUCUCUUCGGUAACUGAGCAGGAAGAGGAACUAGAAUGGGCAAUGAGAGUAGCCGUUAGACAUUCCGAGAACAGCUUUCCCACGAUGGGUUUGCCAAUUGCUGACAUAGCUGAGAAAAUUGAUCAGCGCAGACUGGACUACCUCAACCAAAUAUUUGAUUACCUUUACAACACUCUCGCGAACCCAAAUGCGGAAAAUGUUGGGUGCGACUCUUCAUGCUCAUCAGUAUUAAUAGGUGCACUCACGACACAAAUGCAAGAAGCAGGCCUUGGUUUAAAACCAGAAUCCCCAUUCAUAGGGUAUAGCAUUGCAUCACUCAUAAAACGUAUCACUGAAUUCAAAACACCGGAAUCCAAAAAUAAACGUUGUUCUUGUCGGCUAAACGGGUUGCUUUUCGACCAUCUGUCUGAGAUGGAAAGCCUUGAUAUAGAAGAGCCCUGAACCCAUGAGCUAAGGAUCGACAGUGAUAAAUGGGAGGUGGUUAUAUUUGCCUGCACAUAACUUUCCUAGGUGUACCCGAGAGACGUUCCUUUAGUCGAGUUACUGGAGUUGGAUAGAUAGACCAACGAUCUGGUGGUUCUCUACCAGGAAACGAAUUUUGGCCUUCACGGAAUUCCGUGCAACAGUCUUUUCAGAAUAUUCCUUGCAUUCUAUGGUCCGGGUUAAUUUAAGUGUAGUUACAGUAAAGUGUUAUUGCUAUCUAUUUUGCAAGUUCUACUUCAAUGUCACUUCAACUUCAGACAGCUCGCUAGAGAGGGGGGGAUAAGCAAAUCAUCAGUAUGCCCCAGAUUGUGGAACGAGCACGAGUGAUAUGUUACGAUUGAAUUAGUCGGAUGAUCAGGGUUGAGGCAACACACCUUUGUCUGGGAUAUUAGUAUAUGGGCGACAAAAGUGUUCUACUUAUACCAUUACCA